UUUAAGCAGCCGGUAGAGCUGACGCGGCGCUGACACGGGCAGAGCCACGUCACAAACUCCGGAGUCCCGGGCUCGCUGGCUUCUCCGCAAACAUGAUCCUGAUGACCAUGAUCGCCCGGGUGGCCGAUGGGCUGCCCCUGGCCGCCUCGAUGCAGGAGAAUGAGCAGUCUGGGCGGAAUCUGCAGGAAUAUCAAAACCAGGCCAAGCAGCUGUUCCGGAAGCUGACCGAACAUUCUCCGACGCGCUGCUCCCUCGAAACCGGCUCCCUCAUGUUCCAUUACCUCAUUGACCGUGGUGUCUGCUACCUGGUGCUGUGCGAGGGCAACUACUCCAAGAAGAUGGCCUACACGUUCCUGGAGGACCUGCAGGCAGAGUUCAGCGAGCUGUACAUUAAGAAGGUGGCCACUGUCUCCCGGCCCUAUGUCUUCAUUGAGUUCGACACCUACAUACAGAAGCUGAAGAAGUCCUACAGUGACUCAUGGUCUCGCCGGAAACUGGGCUCCAUCAACACCGAGCUCCAGGACGUCCAGCGCAUCAUGGUGACCAACAUUGAGGAAGUGCUGCAGCGGGGGGAGGCGCUGUCCGCCCUCAACACCAAAGCCAGCAACCUGUCCAGCCUCUCCAAGAAGUACCAGCUCGACGCGAAGGAACUGAACUCCAGGUCGCGUUUCACCAAGGUGGCGGCCACGAGCGUCUGCAUCUUCAUGGUGGUCCUGUACUUCUGGUGGUUGUGAGACCACCUGCGAGGGAGCGCUGGGGACACACGGCGAGGGCAGAGGAGCGGGAGGCGCUGCUGGGCACUGAGCAGCGGGCCUUCCUGCUGCUGGUCUCUGUGGGGGCGGGGAAGGAGGCGGAGGGAUGCCCUCUCUGCGUAGUGUGAGUUGGGUUCUGGGGGAGACUUGCAGCCUGUGUUGGAGGCCGGCUGUCGUUCAGUGGGUGUGGAUAUCCUCUCUCACACAUUGUUUGGCGAGUGCGCCGCUGCUACCGCAGUUCGGAUGCAAAGCCACGCUUCCUUGCUGUGUGUUGGGUACGGAGUGACCCUCCCUCCAUUCUGAACCAUGGCGUGGAUUCACUUUCGAGUAACGCUCCCUCAACACCAUCUCACUACGCUGGUUGGACACAGAGUAACCGUCCCUCGGUGCCGACCCACAAUGUAAUUUGGAUAUUGGAGUUAACCCUAUCUUAACGCAGUCC